CUCCACUCCUACAAAUAGACCUCCAAACACUCCAUUUCUCCACACCAAUCCACUCUUUCUCCGCCUCUACACAUUCAAACUACUCUCUCUCUCUCUCUCUCUCUCUCUCUCUCUCUCUCUCUCUCUCUCUCUCAGAAGAUAGACACUCUCCCUCUCUUGCUUGGUGAUGGGGAUAGAAGGAGUAGAGAAGAGGUAUGCUCUACUGCUGGCAUGUAAGGACUCAGAGUACGUGAAGGAGGUGUACGGAGGGUACUUCAAGGUGUUUGUGGCAACAUUUGGGGAGGAAGGGGAGAGGUGGGAUUUGUUCAGGGUUGUCGAAGGCGAAUUCCCGGAGAUGAACGAGCUCGAAAACUAUGAUGGGUUUGUGGUCAGUGGAAGCCCUUUCGAUGCUUAUGGGAACGAGUAUUGGAUUCUCAAGCUUUGCUUUCUCUUGCAAACCUUGGACGCCAUGAGAAAGAAAGUCCUUGGUAUUUGCUUUGGUCACCAGGUUUUGUGCAGAGCAUUGGGAGGAAAAGUUGGGAAGGCUGGGAGUGGUUGGGACAUUGGGCUAAGAAAAGUGAGAAUUGUGAAAGACUUCUCCCCAUGUGCCUUCCUUGAUGACUUGGACGAUUUCCCACCAGCCCUUUCUAUCAUCGAAUGCCACCAAGAUGAGGUUUGGGAAGUGCCAGUGGGGGCUGAAGUGAUAGCAAUUUCAGACAAAACAGGAGUUGAGAUGUUCACUAUCGGAGACCACAUCCUGGGUAUCCAAGGUCACCCUGAGUACACCAAAGACAUUCUUAACAAUCUCAUCGAUCGCCUUCUCAACACUUCCUGCAUAGAGGUAACCAUUUUUAUUUUUUUUUCUUUUUGUGUUUUUUCCAUUUAUGAAUUUGUAUUAGAAAUUUUUGGAUGCCGAACGGGUACUCGUCGGCAAUCCCAUUCGCGAGAGGGAAAAUAGAGGGAAUAAAUCUGAACCGUCCAAAACAUGUUUGAAUGGCUGGGAUCAGGGCCGGAUCUGAGAUUUUGGAGGCCUAAGACGAUCUUCGAAAGUGAGGCCCUUAAUAAUUGUAAACGAAAAUCAAAUAAAAAGUCGAUCACAUUGAAUAAUUUUGAUUUGGAUAUAGUAUUUGUUUGUAAUGAGAAGUACCGGUGUAGUAGCGUUUAAGGGGAAAAAAGAUGCAUAUACAUCUACCACACUGAAUAAUUUUGAAGGGCCUCAGAGAUUUUUGGCGAUCCUAGACCUUUUACUCCUCAUUUUUGUUUUUUUUGUUUUCUUUUUUCCUACAUUUCGUGUUCCAUUUUUCUAGGCCAUUGGGGCUUAAGUAUAAAAUGUCUUCUUGGGUUUGAAAUUGGGCCCUAAAACAACACAUAUAUAGUCUUAAAAAUAAAUGGAGGCCUCUUUUUUGACAUUUUUUGGGGCUUAAGGCCCACGCCUCUUGGGCCUUAGCCCAGAACCGACAGUGACUGGGAUCAUCGAUAGGGCACCACGUGUGUGUGGUACCUGCCGGCACUCAAAAAUAUUCUCAAUUUGUAUGUAUAUAAUUUCGACCACAGAUCCAGGAAGGGUGAGUCUCAAAACAAUUAUUAAAGUUUGGGAGAUGGGAUAGAACCGAAAGUUACGUGAAAAUGAGAUGACAACCAACUAACCGACUAGCGCGAGAAAAUUUUCAAUGCAACGGUUAUUUGCAACGCCUCUUUCCGUUUCUGUUCUUUCUUGCUUAAUUUUUUAGACUAAUGUUCGGUAAUUUAAUUAAUUACAGAAAGGAUUCGCCGACGAUGCAAGGUCGAAAUUGCAGAUAGCCGAACCGGACCGGAAAUGCUGGGAAAGGAUUUGCAAGAUGUUUCUCAAGGGGAGAUAGAACAACUUAUUUUUUCCUCGCGCCGGGUUCCUAAUUUUUCUUUUUCGAUUCGACUACUCGAAGAUGAGUUGUAUUUUUUUGCCAAAAAAAGUUCAUAAUAGCGUAUAUUAGGAUCUGAUAGUGAAGUUAUCAAAAUGUAUGAGCUAGCCUAUGUACUGACUUUAGAAAUGUGGAGAGAAAUUGAUCAAA